AUGACCUGCUCUGUGAAGAAAUGUUUCCGUUUCUCUGUUUUACCCUCCAAGCAUCAGUGGGCUUCUGCAGCCGUGUUGUUGUUGACUCUGGUGAAGAACAACUCACUCUUCAUCCUUUCUGUAUCAUUGAAGGUCCUGUUCCCGGCAUGCUCCAUGCAUGCUGGGCCAGGGACAAAAGCUGCUGAUGUGCACUCUCAGCAUCAUCCCACCACUGGACACCCAUGCUGCCUCCCCAAGAACCAGCACAGGAAGCAGCCCCUUACCAUCGAGAAGGCUUCGUACCGUCCUGCCUUCCACCCCCGUGGCGGGAAAGCGAAAAUCACCCACAGAAUUAAGCAUCCACAAACCCCCGGCAAGACUGGAAACUCAGCAAUGCUGAUGGUGUAUUUCAACGCUUUCAUGACUCAACCCCAGCAGAAGAAAACUAUAGACCUGAUCUUCACCCACUUGACCAUGGUCAACACUGGGACACUUUUCACCCGUGGGGUCCCGGAGAUGUUGGUCGCCUUUGGGAUGAAGGCCGUUCUGAACGAUGCUGGGUGUCAGAGUCUCAUGUACAUUAACAGAGUGUGUCGUGGUCUUUCCAUCUGCACCACUUGUCUCCUAAGCAUGUUCCAGGCCAUCACCAUCAGUCCAAGCACCUCCUACUGGGUUUGGCUCAAAUCCAGAGCCCCCAGUUACAUCCUCCCUUCCUUCCUCUUCUUCUGGAUCCUCAACAUGCUGAUCUACGUCCCAGUGAUUAUCUCCACUCGAAGCAUUAGAAAUGUCACUGACCUGGGUCAUGGAUAUUUCUCAAAAUACUGUUUCGUUGUACAUAGUGGGAAUAUGAUCCAAUCAGUUUCCUUUCUAUGUGCCAUGACUGUCCGAGAUUUCGUCUUUUUGCUCCUCAUGAGCUGGGCCAGCGGCUACAUGGUGACUGUGCUCUACCAACACCGUAAACAAGUCCAGCACAUGCGCGGGGCCAGCCUCUCCCCCAGAUCCUCUGCAGAGACCAGAGCCACCCACAUCAUCCUGCUCCUGGCCUCCUGCUUCGUCUGUUUUUAUUGCAUCAGUAGCGGCAUUACCCUGUACGUGACGCAUGCGAUCCAAAGAGAUGCCGAUUUGGAAAGUGUUGCAACAUUCUUCUCCGCUUGUUACCCUGCCCUCUGCCCCCUGGUCCUGAUCAGCAGUGAUCCCCGGAUCACCAAGACCCACUGCCCCCUGGGGAAGGAGAGACAUCCCUCCCUUUAUAUGAACCCCACAGCUGAUCGGGUCAUUGCCAAGAACUAA